AUGGCAUUGAACGGCAAGGUUGCUCUCAUCACCGGAGGUGUCAAGAACCUUGGUGCCCAGUUGGCGCGCGAGCUGGCGAGUAUUGGUGCCAACUUGGCUCUGCACUAUAAUUCCGAGAGCAGCAAGACCAGCGCCACAGAGUUGGACGCAGAGCUCAGGGAGAACUACCCCAGUGUGAAGGUCGCCUUCUAUCAGGGUGACUUGACCAGCGCCGCCAAUGUGGACAACCUGUUCCAGGUGGUCCUGAAGGACUUUGGCAAGAUUGACAUUGUUGUCAACACAGUGGGCAAGGUGCUGAAGAAGCCUAUCACCGAGAUUUCCGAGGAGGAGUACGAUUCGAUGUUUGCCAUUAACUCGAAAGCCGCCUUCUUCAUCCUCAAGGCCGCCGCCGCCCAUGUCUCCGACGACGGCAAGAUCAUCACCAUCGUCACGGCAUUGCUGGGCGCCUUCACCGGAUUCUAUACCUCAUAUGCCGGAUCCAAGGCGCCGGUCGAGCACUUUACCCGUGGCGUGUGCAAGGAGCUGCAGGCUCGUCGCGUGAGCGUGAACAAUGUGGCGCCUGGCCCGAUGGAUACGCCAUUCUUCUACCCUCAAGAAUCUGCCGAGGCGGUUGAGUUCCACAAGGCGAAUGGUAUGGGUAAUCGGUUGACCAUGGUGCAGGAUAUUGCGCCCAUUAUUCGCUUCCUGUGUACGGAGGGUACCUGGAUCACUGGGCAGACUAUCUUUGCCAAUGGUGGAUAUACCACGCGCUGA